CCGGGUGGAUUUUUGUCGCGAGGAAUCUGCGGCCGCGGAACGACCGCCGGCUUUGCGCGGCGACGGCCGGGACAAGAUGGCGGCGCUAGGCAAGCAAUAUGGGCUCAUUAUGCCCAAAAAAACACCACAGAAAAAUCUCGUUUCAAAGAAACUCUCAGUGUUUGCAGAAGACUCUGAUGAUGAGCCAUCUGUGGGUGAAAGCCUUCAGAAAGAAGCACUGAAAAAACAAGCAAUGAAACAGACUAAAUUGGAGAUUCAGAAGGCUUUGGAGGAAGAUGCUACAGUGUACGAAUAUGACAGUAUUUAUGAUGAAAUGCAGCAGCAGAAGAAAGAAAGUAAUGCCAGAGUGUUAUCUGGAAGAGAUGACAAAAAGCCCAGAUACAUCCAAAAUAUCCUCAAAGCAGCUGAGAUUAGAAAGAAGGAGCAAGAAAAAAGAAUGGAAAGAAAAAUACAGAAAGAGCGUGAAAUGGAAGGGGGAGAGUUUGAUCACAAAGAGGCUUUCGUGACCUCAGCUUAUAAGAAGAAGCUGCAAGAAAGGGCUGAGGAGGAGGAAAGAGAAAAACGAGAAGCAGCUCUCGAGGCGUACCUGGAUGUGACCAAACAGAAGGAUCUCAGUGGAUUUUACAGACAUCUUUUAAACCAGAGAGUGGGGGAAGAAGAGAUGCCUAAAUGCAGCUUCCGUGAAGCCAGGAUAAAGGAAGAAAAACCUGACAGUUGUUAUGAUGAAUCCAACCAAAGGAACAAAGGUCCAUAUGAAAAACAAAGACCAAAGCCCUCUGCUAAGAAAGAGAAUAAUCCAGAUGCUGAUACUGACUUAGAAACUGAUAGUAGUGAUGAUGAUAAGACACAUAAAAAUAGUAAAGUGAAUUUGAAAAAGAAGAAAAAGAGGGAGAGCUCUGUGAGCAGCGAAGAGGAAGUUAAACAUCAUAAGAGCCAGAGACAUUCCAGGUCACCGAGUGCAUCCAGUGUGGAGGAAGAGCCACCCUCAAAAGCCCAAACAAAUCAUCUUGCAAGGAGGGGAGAGAGCAGACCAAGUAGAAGGGGAAGUGAUGAACAAUACAGGGAAAAAGAUCAUGAGAGAAGUAGGACCUAUGAAAAGGAUCACCAAAGGGAUAAGGAAGAGCGACAUAGAUAUGGGGAUUAUGCUAAUAAAGAUAACUACAGGAGGAGGGAAGAGCAGGAUGAUAAACAAAGAGGGAAGGAAAGAAGAGAGAGGGAGGGACAUGGCAGAGAAUGGAAGAAAGGAAAGGACAGAGAUGAGAAGGGCUCAGAAAAGGAACGAGAGAAAGAAAGAAUAACAAGGGAAAGAGAUGAGAAGGGCUCAGAAAAGGAACGAGAAAAAGAAAGAAUAAGAAAUGGUAAAGAUAGAUAUAAUGACAGAGAGAAGGAGAGAGGAGAAAAAUAUAGAGAAAAGGAAGAUCAUGUGAAGGACAGGAGAGAGAAAUACGGUAAUGAUGAAAAGAAAUACAGAGAGAGGAGGGGAAGUAGUUCUACACCUUUAGAAAAAGAUGGAGAGACUGAUCAGGAAAAAGAGAGAAAGGGAAGAGAGAAGGAGGUGGAUGAGAAGGGAAGAUCUGGCUCUGAAAUGUCAUCUGAGCAGAAACGUAAAGCUGGAGAAGAAGGGGAUAAAGAGGAGAAAGAACAAGCACAGAAACCAGCUGAGAGCAUGAGCAAAUUUGCCAAACGGAGCAAUGAGGAGACAGUUAUGUCAGCGAGGGACCGGUACCUGGCGAGGCAGAUGGCACGUGUCAGUGCCAAAUCUUACAUUGAGAAGGAAGAAGAUUAAUAUCCCUGUGGUGGACAAAAACACUCGGUCUGUCAACCAGAAGGAAAAGUCACUGCUGCAUGGACUCCUAUACAGAGGUAAAAGUGUGUCCUAGUUAUUUAUUCCUGGCUUCAUCUAAGAAACUGUGUGUGCUGUAAUAGAGGAACAACUCUUGAAAUGGGUUCAUGGAUCACUUGAAAAACAGCCUGAGUGUCUUUAUACAGUUGAAGUAUUAAAUUGUGCUGACUCCAUCCACCAUGGCCUUCAGCACCCAACCCAUAAGAUUCUGGGCACUUGAAGAUUCUGGGACAGACCUAGGAGUGUUAAAAAACAUGGCAGCUCUGAGCUGAAGCAGUGAGCUCUGCUGAGAGAAGGGUGUUCUCAGCCCUUGGCAGGAGACAUUGUUGCCACCUGAUGCUUUUGAAAGUGAGCAACAGAACUGUAAAAGUGAAGAAAAAGGCAAGAAAACCAGCCUAAAUAAUAAUCUAGGGAAUUUCUGUAUGUAGUACAUUGCUUUGUAAGCUAGGUGCCUAUUGAUAUAUGAAUUUUGUAUUUAUGUGUGGGCGUUGGUCUUGGGGAUCUGAUGUACAGAAACACUUAAAUAAAGUGUAAGUUACAUACUGGA